GCACCUGUGCAUGAGCCAGGUUGUUUGCCGUUUGUCCAGGAAUACUUGAGACCUGCUGAGAACCAGUCUGUGAGGGGAGCUGGUCUAGGCUGAGAUCUAUAUGUCAGAUAAGCCCAUCGUCCUGAGCACCAAGAGUCUGCAUGCAUCAAGGAAGAGAAAGAGCCCGGACCCAUCCAAGGUUUCAGCAAAUAUCUUAGCCCUGACGUUCAACAGCCACAGAGAGAAUUACAACUACCAAUCAAAAAGGAGGAGGUAGAGCUGCCAUACGUUAAAGAGCAAGACAAUAUCAGCAUGUCGACUGGUCAGCCCUUGAAGCGUGAGGAUGGUCUGAGUGAGGUCAGCAAAGUGACGGAGCCUCCAAGCAGCAGCUCAACAGAUGGAUCGCAAGCACACAUUUUCAUCGCACCAUCAGAUAGAAAUGGCGCCACGUCACACUCACCUUACAAAGAUGAUGGUCAUAAGAAACCUCACUGUGGGAAAACAUUUGCUAGUAACUUUACUUGUCGUAUGCAUAUGAGGAGCCACACUGGUAAAAAUCCUCUUGUCUGCUCGGUUUGUGGUCUAAAAUUCACUCAGAAGAGCAACUUAGACAGACACACAAGAACCUACACUGCUGAAAACCCUUUUUGCCACACAUUUUGGGGUCAAAGAUUCACUCAUAAGCAUCACUUUGAAGUACACACAAGAACCCACACUGGAGAAAAACCUUUUUCCUGCUCAGUUUGUGGAAAAAGAUUCACUCAGAAGAGCACCUUAAACACACACACAAGAACCCACACUGGAGAAAAACCUUUUUCCUGCUCAGUUUGUGGAAAAAGAUUCACUCAGAAGAGCACCUUAAACACACACACAAGAACCCACACUGGUGAAAAACCUUUUUCCUGCUCAGUUUGUGGUCAAGGAUUCAGUCAAAAGAGUGCCUUAAAAGUACACACAAGAAUUCACACUGUUGAAAAACCUUUUUCCUGCUCAGUUUGUGGUCAACAAUUCACUCGAAUUCACCACCUAAAAGUACAUACAAGAACCCACACUGGUGAAAAACCUUUUUCCUGCUCAGUUUGUGGUCACACUUUCACUGAAAAGAAAAACUUACAAACACACAUAAGAACCCACACUGGUGAAAAACCUUUUUCCUGCUCAGUUUGUGGUCAAGGAUUCAGUCAUAAGAGUACCUUAGAAGUACACGCAAGAACCCACACUGGCGAAAAACCUUUUUCCUGCUCAGUUUGUGGUCAAGGAUUCACUCAAAUGCAACACUUAAAAGUACACACAAGAACCCACACUGGUGAAAAGCCUUUUUCCUGUUCAGUUUGUGGUCAAAAAUUCACUCGCAAUUAUCUGGUUAAGAGACACGUGUGUAUUGGUGUGAGAAGCAGUGGUCAAUGACUUUUUUGCCGGUCAUCGAUGCUGCCUUCAUCAGAUUGUUUCACGCAGGUCAGUUGUAGUCUGUAGUUUCCUUAAAUCCUGUGAGGAUUGGCAAUAUUUGUGCCUUACAUGUGCAUUGUCCAAUCUUUGUAUGAUGUGGUUCCACAGUAUUGGCUCACCUGAUUUAACGCUCAAGUUGAGUGGCAUUAUACAAUACUUUCCCUCUUUCAAACUACACUUCUCACUGCUAAUAUAUGAAACGGUAGACCCCAAAUUACAAAAAUUCUAAAUCAUUCAUCAAUAAUUACCAGUAUAUGGGAAAUUAUGAUAGGCUCACAAAUGUUUUUUGGAGAGGUGAUUAUAUAUGGCUUAAAAUUUUACUAGUACUGCUCUUGAUUGACAGUGACAUAUUACGACAGUGUAUUGGGGCCAAAUAAAGGGAGGGAAAAAAUGACUAAUUAGACUAAUUAAAGUUGUACUCCUACUACUACUACAAAAAAAAUAAGUCUUAUUAUUACGUAGGGGUAAUGUAGCUGAAUAAGGGGCUACGUACUUUAUGUACAUGUACCUUAGCUGGGAGCUCCGACAACGUAUUCGUACAAAUCCUUUUAUUGAUUAAAAUUUGUAGAUGAGCUAAAAGGUAACAGAUUUCCUUAUUUUGGAAACUGAUUCUAAAACACAGCCUCACGAGAUGCUUUCGUUAUCGUUUACUUUAGUGGAGGCAGCAAAGCGCUACAGAAAGUAUGUGGCUGCUUAUUCAGCUACAUUACCCCAACGUAACUGGACAUCUUUUUUUCCUCCUGGUAACAGUACGACUAUAAUCUCAUAGUCCUCUUUUCUUUGUUUUGUCCUACAAAUCGGACAAUGAUGAUUAAAAUUGUUUAAGCUUUUAAUCAUUCCGGCCCCGUCGAUGAAAAUCUCUCGACUCUGCUUGGAAUUUUAAAGUGCUUCUACUUCACUGUGCU